AAUGUAAACUGUCAGCAUAACAUCCCUGUUUUAAGCAUAACGUCACUAAAUGUCAUUUAACAACCCUGUACAAUGUUUACAUUUUGUCUGCACGUGUAAAUACUAUUGAAAAGCAGUUUUUAUUAGUUUUGUUGAAAAAAUUGAAAUAAAUUAAUAAAUAUGGGUCAGGAAAAACCAAAAUUAUAUAUGGACGAAUAUAAACUAAAGCAGGAUCCACAUGACUAUGGCUUGGCCGAUGAUCCCGUGGACAUUGAGACCUUUAAGAAAAAAAUGCAAAUUGUUAUUGUUCGAUAUGAAAACAAUGAACUGGAAUUCGAUAUGAUUGGUGUACAUCCAGCUAUUGCCAAUGCUUUUAGACGUUUAAUGUUAAGUGAAGUUCCUAGCAUGGCUUUUGAAAAGGUCUACAUAUACAACAAUACGUCCAUAAUACAGGAUGAAGUUUUGGCACAUCGUAUUGGUUUAAUACCGAUCAAGGCGGAUCCCCGUUUAUUCGAAUAUCGUAGUGAGGACAAUGAACAGGGCACCGAACUGGACACAUUAGAAUUUGAAUUAAAAGUUAAGUGUACACGACGCAAAGACGUCAAAGAUUCCUCCAAUUUUGAUACCAUCUACAAGAAUCAUAAAGUAUAUUCGGGACAAAUAAAAUGGCUGCCCAGAGGCAAACAAGCUCAAUUAUACUCAGAAUCGGAUGUGGGUUGUAUACAAGAUGACAUCCUCAUUUCACAAAUGAGACCGGGACAUGAAUUUGAUUUAAAAUUGGUUGCGGUAAAGGGCAUUGGCAAAGAUCAUGCUAAAUUCUCACCUGUUGCAACUGCUUUUUAUCGCCUUUUGCCAGAGAUUAAACUUACACGAGAGGUUAAAGGAAAGGACGCCCUUUUGCUGCAAAAAUGUUUUUCGCCAGAUGUCAUAGGCAUUGAUGAAUAUGAAAGAGCCUAUGUUAAAAAUGCUCGUUACGAUACCUGUAGCCGAAAUGUUUAUCGCUAUCCUGAAUUGGCGGACGCAGUUGAAAUGUCAAGGAUACGUGAUCAUUAUAUAUUUUCUGUUGAAUCAGUAGGUGCCCUUAAACCAGACGUUAUAUUUAUUGAAGCCUGUUAAAGUUCUAAAGAAAAAAUGUUCGCAAAUUUUUGGAUGAAAUAGAAGCAGCAUAAAUCCUUUUAAAAAAUUAUUUCUAAUUUUAAGUAAUAAUUAUAAAAAAAAAAAA